AUGAUGAUCAACAUAAACUCUUUUCUCCAAUAAAAAUAUAGUUAGCAUAAUAAUCCAACUCAAAAGCAAAUCCAAGCAAGUAAAAUAAGUUAGGUUGAAUAGAAUGCUUAAAAACCUUAAGAGUUUUUCAGUGAGAGUAUUAUGGCAGAGGAAAAAAAGACAAUAUGCUUUGUAAUCAGUGAUGAAGAAAUCUUUUUUAACAAAUAAACUCUCAUCAACUAUUCUUAGUAUAUCUAGACACUUGUAAAAGACCUAGAUCCUUCCAAAAAUGUGAGGAUACUAUUGCCCAAGUGGAUGACUAAGAUGGCUUUUGUAAAGUUUUUAUAAUUCAUUCAGGACCAUGAAAUAAAAGCACAAGAAUCAAACAAUAUGAAACAAGCAAGAUUUAUUGUUAAAGGAUCCUAGUAAAGCAUUGAUAAAAAAUUGGAGGGCUCAAUAGUACAUAAUUUGUUGUAAAUAGCAGAUUUCUUUCAAUGCAAAGCUGCAAUCGACUUCUGCAUUUAAAACCUAGAAAUUACUCCGGAAAAUGCACAGAUCAAUAUCAAAGAGGCUUUGAAGAAAAUCUAGAACUGCCAAAAAUAAAAUAAUAGCAACUGCAAGGACUGCUGGUUCACAUUGAUUUAACGGUCAAUAAACGGGUGUGCAGUGAAUAUUAGCAACUUGAAUGGACUUUAAGAACUAACAGAACUAAAGAAUAGCUAUGUGACCAAAGAAGUUCUUGAACGUUAUUUUAAGCAUCAAAUCAUAAAUGGAAUCAAGUCAUCAUCUGUUUUUGAAAAAGCUGUAGAAAUCCUCAAAGACAUCAAAGGAUCAUCAUAGGCUGCUGCUGUAACUGAUUUCAUCUAGUUUACCGUUAGUGAAGGGGAGAUCAGAAAGCAAUAGGCUUAGCAAAAGAAAAAAUCCUAUAUAGAUUGGAAUGUGCAAUUAAAGCCCAAUCAAAAUAUUUAUAACUCAGAUCCUGUUCGAAUUGAUGAGCUUGAUUGGAAAUUCACAGUUCAGGUUGAUCAUGCUAAUAAAGAAUUUUAAAUAUUUGUGGGUUUGCUAAGUGACAAUGAUAGCUCAGCAAGUAUAUUAAACAAAUAAAUAAGUUUAUCUCCUCAGAACCAAAAGUCAUAUGAAAAAUAUGUAAAGAGAAAUUCUUAAUCACAGAUGCUUAGUUACAACAAUAGCCAAAAGAGCAUUUCUCAAUAAAGACCACAAACAUCAACUUAGAAAAAGCAUAGCAAUUAGAAUCAAAGUCAGUCAUACAUGCAUUCAAUAAACAGACUAGCCAAUAAACAAAGACAACCCAAUCAAAAUAAAGGCUAGAAAAAUGAAAAUGCCAAUCUGAGCAUGUCUAAUCAAUCAUCGCACCAAAAUAUACCAACCAUGAAUAAUUCGUAUCGGUAGACAUCAGAUUCAAAAGUUAACUCCAGCAAUUCAUCAAAUUAGAAUCUAAGAGAAGCCAAAACUGAACUUAUAAAUAGUCAAAGUCUCUCAACCUCAAACUCAAGAUUGUAGAUAAGUUAAUGCAGCUAGAUUAGACAUUCAGGUUUUCCAAUCACAGUUUUGGCUGAAGUAUAGCUUUAAUAGAACUUUAAACAAUCAGAGCAACUGUAAAUGUAAUACUUUACAUUGAAUCCAUUAAGCUCAUAAUUGCUAACAAAGAUAAAGUUUCCAGAGAAUUUUGCUACCACAGGCUAGCAAACAUUGAAAAUCAUUUUCCGAGUAGAUUUUGUAAUGACAGCAUUUUAGUAUUACUCUGCAUCUAAUUUAAGAAGGCUCUAUUAGUUACCUUCAAUAGCUAAAUUGUGCUAUUAAUAAUUCAGAACUUUAAUUAAGAGUGAUUGCUGUCAGGUUGACUCUGAGGAUCAUAUUUUACACAUGAUCCUUUUUUGGUAAAGAGAAAACCCUUCAUAUCAGCUAAAUGAUCUUUUGGAGCUUUUAAAUUGGUCAUUGCUAUCAGAAGAACAUCUAUCAUAUCUGUAUCAAAACUAUCAAAUUAUCGAUAGGGCUUUAUUAAGAUUCGUAAAGGAUGAAUUGAUCCAAAGGAAUCUGAUAACCAAUACCUUUGAAGCUAUUCUCUAGGAAAAGGUUUAAGAGAUUUCAACGUUGAAGAAUGAACUAGAGAAAUACAAAAUGGGGGAAAAAAUAGCAGCGUCUAUACUAGAAUCACCAUUUAGUUAUAGCAGUAACACCUAAGAAAUAAGAAGAAGGAAGAGAUAGGGAUCUUACUUGAAUAUGACUGCAAACUUUGAUUAACAGCCUGCUCAAGACAUUUUAGAUCACCAGUCAUAUACAUCUCAUAACUCAAAUGGAACAUUUUAGCCAGGGACAUUUAGUGAUACUAGGUCUGCUAUAGCCGAUGGAUAUAGAUACUCUAUUCCAAAAAGCGAUAUACAUCUAGACAAUUUUGAUAGGAAUAGUUUCUAUGUAAGUGAAAAGGCAAUCGAAAGCUACAAUAGUACUCCUAAUAACUUUGAUGUUAGAGUUGACAAUUUUAAUUAAUAAAAUAAAUCAUCAAGACCAGUAAGUGAGCAAGCAAGACCAGAAUAAGACUCUUCUGUAAAGAGAACUUUAGCUAUUAAUCUCAAUUAAUUAGCUUAACAGAUAGAUUAAUAAGAUAAUAAAUCUGCUUUAGAUCAAUCACAUGUUAUCACCCAGAAUAGACAUAAACAUAUUAACCUAGACAACUUAAUCGGAUAAUCAUAAAAAAUGAUAGUAGAGCAAAGAAGUCUAUCCUAGCACACUCAAAAAAAUAUCACGCCUUAGAAAGCUGCCCAAAAAUUGAAAGAAGUCCUAGAAAAAACUAACAUUGAUAAAAUAAAUACAAAUAUUAUGGCAACAGCUGCAACCUCUAAAUUAAACUCGAGAUGUGCAUCUGACACCUAAGCUAAAACUACUAUUCAUACCAAAACCACAAGUCACAUGUCAUCAACUGCAAUCAUCUAGCAUGCUGAUACUAAUGAAAAAUAUUAGACUAUUCCUGCAAAUAAUAAUAAUAAUAACCUUGAAAAGCUUGGACAAUCUGAUAUCUCAAUAAAGCAUUCUUUCUUUGCUAAAUUAGAUAACCAAAGCAAACAAAAAUUGCCAUAAGACAACAACAAUUAGAAAGGCUAAAACUUAGACCUUCAACAUAUAAAUGUGAGUUUCAAUUAAAACUGCACUCCUUAGGCAGCAGUAAAUAACCCAAAUAGUUUAAUCAAUCACACGUUUCUUGAGAGGUUUAGAUUGUAACCUAAUAAUCCUUCCAUUAAGACUAAUGGAAGUAGUUAAAUUCCUUCUCUUGGCAAUUAGACAAACAAUAGCUAUUAGUAAUAGCAGCAAUAAUAGAGCUUGUAAAAUACGAGUGUACCGCAGAAAAGGUAACCCAGAUUUAUAAUUAAAAAAUAGUCUAACUGA